AUGGAAUCAAAUAAUUUAUUACAAUUUUAUAAAAUAUGUGGAAUGUUAAAGACUACAAAGAGAACCGGAUGGGUCAAUAAUGAAAUACAUCUACCUGAAUCGAUAUCAGAUCAUAUGCAUAGAAUGUCAAUGUUUGCAAUGUCACUCGACUCUGACACUCUCAAGAAAAAGGAUGGUACCAUUGUAAAGAUUGAUAAAACUAAAUGUAUAAAAAUGGCAUUGGUACAUGAUCUAGCUGAAUCAUUGGUUGGUGAUUUCACUCCCUUUGAUAAUAUUUCAAAACAAGAUAAAUCAAAUUUAGAAAAUGGAGCCAUGAUAAAGAUUAAAGAUACAUUGGGAUCAAGUGCAGGAGAAGAGAUUUAUCAAUUAUGGCAAGAAUAUGAAGAUGCAACGAGUAAUGAAGCAUUGUUGGUAAAGGAUUUUGAUAAAUUUGAAAUGAUUCUACAAGCACUAGAAUAUGAAAAGAGGUAG